UCUUCAGCUUAUCCAAUUUGUUAUCAAAUUAGGAAGAUGGACAAAGGUGUACUUUCAGCUAUGCUUUUCUUCAUUAUACCACUGUACAUGCCCAAAAUUGUUGCUGCUGAAGAUUCUCUCUUUCUUUUUUGUUCAAAUGAUUUCCAAAAUUACACACAUAACAGCCCAUUUGAAUACAACCUCAUGCACCUUCUUGGGUUAUUGCCUUCCAGAACUUCAGUAACAGGUUUCAACAGCACCUCCUUUGGAGAUACUAACAAAGUCUAUGGUGAAGCACUUUGUAGAGGGGAUAUCAACUCCACAGCUUGUAAAACUUGUAUUGAGACUGCUAACAAAGAAAUCUUGCAGUGCAAGAACGAAGAAGUGGUAAUAUACCUAGAACUUUGUCAAGUUCGCUAUUCCUACCAGCAAUUCUCAAUUAUGGUUUAUGCUGGGAAGUAUCCUGACAGGAAUAAAAGGGAGAAAACUAUAUCAAAUGAGGACCCGGUUCAUUUUAAUAAGGUUUUCAAGCAUUUAAUGAAUGUCCUUUCAAAUGAGGCAGCACUCAAUCCUUCUAAUAAGCGCAUGUUUGCAACUGGGGAAAUUCAAUUUUCUAAGAACAGAACAAUUUAUGGUUUAGUACAGUGUACUAGGGACAUUUCUGAUGUAAUCUGUUAUAAUUGUCUGGAAUCUGCUAUAGGCGAUUUGAAGGCUUGCUGCUAUUCUCGUGAAGGUGGAAUUGUUGUUAGUAGGAAUUGUAAUGUGAGGUAUCAGCUGUACAGAUUCUAUAGUUCCUCAAGCGUUCUAGUAACUUACCCAAGUUCCAAAGGGAAAAAACUGAAAAUUUGGAUGGUUGCAAUGUUUACAUGUAUAUCAACACUAGUGGUUCUACUUGGUUCUUGUGCUGUUUAUUGCCGAUUGAAAAAGGGAACAAAACAAGGUAAUGCAGUUGCAGUCACACGAGAAGGUGAAUUGGUGAUCUCUGAGGAACUACCUUUUAUCGAUCUAGCUACAAUUAGAUCAGCUACAGAUGAAUUUUCAGACUCAAACAAGCUUGGGCAAGGUGGAUUUGGCACCGUGUACAAGGGUACGCUACCAGAUGGGAAGGAAGUGGCAGUGAAAAGGCUGUCGAGAAAGUCAUGGCAAGGCUUAGAGGAAUUUAAGAAUGAAAUCAUACUAAUUACUAAACUUCAACACAGGAAUCUUGUGAAGCUAUUGGGAUGUGGCAUAGAGGGAGAGGAAAAGGUCCUCAUAUAUGAAUACAUGCCCAACAGAAGUCUUGAUAUCUUUAUUUUUGAUUCAAAAAGAAGCUUGCAACUUGAUUGGGAGACAUGCUAUAACAUUAUUGGUGGGAUUGCUAGAGGACUGCUAUAUCUUCAUGAGGACUCCCGACUUAAAAUCGUUCACAGGGACUUGAAGCCUAGCAAUAUUUUGUUGGACCAUGACAUGAUUGCCAAAAUAUCAGAUUUUGGCAUGGCAAGGAUCUUUUGUGAAAACCAGAAUAUAGCUAACACAAGAAGAGUUGUAGGAACAUAUGGAUACAUGGCUCCAGAGUAUGCAAUGGAGGGACUAUUCUCUGUAAAGUCAGAUGUUUUCAGCUUUGGUGUGAUCUUGCUUGAGAUUAUUAGCAGGAAAAGGAAUAACCGCUUCUACCUUACACAGCAUGCCUCAACACUCCUUGCAUAUGCAUGGAGACUAUGGAAUGAAGGAAAAGAUUUGGAAAUUGUGGACCCUUUGUUGAUGGAAUCAUGCCAGACAUCCGAAGUCCAAAGAUGCAUUCAAAUCGGACUUUUGUGUGUACAAGAAGAUCCUACAGACAGGCCUACCAUGUCCAUUGUGGUGGCUCUUCUAGGAAGUGAAUCAAUGGAACUUUCACCACCAAGACAACCUGCACUUUCUGUUGGUAAUGUCGUUCCAAGUGGUCUAUCUUCAACAGCUCCUUCUGUAAAUGAACUUACUGUUUCUAUUAUUUCACCACAGUGAAGGUUGAGCUUGAGUUUGUGCAGCAAGAUCUGGCUAGCAAUUUUUUUAUUUAUUUAUGGAUAAAUUGUUAGUUGGGAUUAGAGAAUUUAAAACUUAAGGGCUUGUUUGGUUUGAGCCAAAAAGGGGUGUAUUUUGUAUUCA